ACUGCUUUUGAAAGCACAGAGACUCACACGAAAAAGAUCCAAAUUACUUGCUUCUACACUUACGUCGUCCUCCUGUACGAUGAAAACGUCAAAGUCGCUUCUGUGCCGAAGAAAAACCUCGCGGUGUCUGAUUGCCAGGUCUCCAUUCUUGAAAUGACCAGAUCCAUGGGCACCUUUGGGUAUCGGGCGCAAUUCGAAAUACAUAACUUGGAUCGUAAUUGACGCAGAUAUUCGCUCACACCUGUAAUUGUGUACUGAAAUGAAUUUCUCGAAAUCUACCGCCUGGCUGUAAAGGAGCAACACCACUUUUACUGUGUAUCCAGCUUCACAAAUUCCAACAUAAUUUUUUAAUAUUACGUGCAAGUAGAGUAGACGUUCAUUGGUUCUGCCACCUUCAAAGCUCCAACUGCCAGUGAUACAGGCCAAGACAGAAGGGCAUCCUCGAGACUCGCACAGCGCUUCUUGUUGUGGCAGGUGACGUUCGUCAAGUGCAUAAGACCCCGCCUCGAAAUGCGUAAACUUGAUGAAGAGAAUUCCGACCAAUAACAGCAAGGCGAGCACAGUCGAACGUUUUUUUCCUUGCAUCAACUGCAUUAGAGGCGAAAGAAGUAUUUGCCUCCUCGUACAAGAAUUGUCUUCAGUGACACAUUAGCAUUGUCUAGAGUAAGUGGACGACCUGAACGGGGCACGCAGCCACGCACCUGUACCAAGCAAGAUGUCGGUAAGAAGACUACGUGUAGUCGUGUGGACGUGUACUGUACACGUACCCGUCUGUAGUACUUUCGUACUUAUUUAUUUCGUACUUCGUUCCGUAAUUUAUUCAAGCUAUCCACAGUCUUGGCGCAACUCAUCGGCAAUCGCUGCGCUUGCGCUAUGUUGCCGCUUGCGCUAUGCUGCUAGUCACAAUGCUAUCUCUUCGCAACUUGUCACUGUCAUCGUUUGGCUCAACUAUUUCCAUAAUCUGGCAAUAUGGGACUCCAGCUGUGUGUGCCUUAACGCAUUCUUUUAUGAGAUAGUACCCCUCUCUCUGCAAAUCCUUGUUCAAAACCUUGAUCGUCCAUGUAUUUCGAGAUCCACCCGCACCAGGAGCUCGCGUCGAUCAGUUCCAGAAUCCUUCCUUGUGUUCAUUGUGGGUAAGGUGAAGCUCUCGACUUGCCGACGCGCGGUGCUGAUCGAUUACUAUAAAACUUCCGGGACGUUACAUUAUUUCCGGCAUUGCACCAUCUCCGCGGCGCCGACGGAGACGAACUAG